AUUUAACGAUAAAUAUAUGCAAGGUGUAUUAGAAGUUGAUUCUUUUGUAUGAAGAACGUUUAAGAUGAUAAUUUUGGUAUAUUUAAUUCCGGAUGAAAUUGAAAUGCACCAAGCAGCACUAAGUGAGCCACUGUCAUGCUUGGCUCACGGUUGGGACAGAAUCAAUCCUGUAAAUAUAGGAAACAAGAUUCUUGUAAUAGGCGCCGGGAUCAUAGGUUUAUUGUGGGCUUGUCUGUUUCAUUUGCAUGGUAUUAGAAAGACUGUCACUAUCAGUGAACCGCAACAAAAACGGAGAACUCUGAUCUCCAGCCUUGGUCUUGAUUAUAAAAUUAAAAGUCCGACGGAAUUAAAAGAACAGUUUGAUUUAGCUGUAGAUUGCAGCGGCAAUGCUCCAGCCAUGGAAUUGGCUGUAUCUUUAUUAGGUCAAGGUGGUCGCUUAUGCGUAUUCGGUGUUGCUAAUCCAAAAGCAAAACUAUCGAUUGAACCAUUUCAGGUUUACAAAAAGGAAUUGAGCAUCAUAGGCGUGAAUAUAAAUCCCUAUAAUUUUUCUAAAGGAUUAGCUCUGGUGCAAUCAAUGUCCGAGAGAUAUCUUGAUUAUGGUAAAUUAGGAAUCAGUAUAUUUUCAUUGUCUCAAUACAAAGAAGCUCUCGAUGCAUUAAAGAAAGGAGAAAUCAGCAAGGCCGUUUUCAAGUUAUAAAAUUUUCACGUAUAACAAGAAAAGAUUUUCUUUUUAUAAAAUUUUAUUGCUUAUUUCAUACAUAAAUUUUGCUAAAUAUGUAAAUGCAUGAAGUUUUUUAAGUAAUAAAAUGCGAUAUGAUGGUACAAACGAAUACCUUAUAAAACUUUGUUACUGAUAUUAUAGCCAUGAUAUAUCUGAUAAUACACAAUUGUUUACAAUGUGUAUAAAUACUACAAUUAUAAAUAUUACGAGUAUCAUGAUGUCAAGUUUCAAAUACAAAUUACAAUAUUAGCAAGUAUAAAAUUGAAAACUUGUAAAGUGUAUAUAAAAAUUUGCUGAGAUUCUU